AUGCCUGCGAUUGUGGCCGGUGAGCUCCUCGCACAGGGUGGAAUGAGUGGAAGCUCUCAGCUGAUAACCGGUGCAUUCCAUCAAGGGCUCUCUCAGCUCCGUGAGAGCAUUCUCCGUGAUUUGCAACAGCCCGAAUUGAGCGUCGAUCCCAUGGUCCCUGCCGAGUCAACCAAGAGAAUUAUCAAUGCACUCGUCAAGCAUUCCGACAAAACGGCGUACAUUAUCUCCCAACUCGACCCAAACGACAGCUCUGCCGAAUUCCUGGCGUGCUACAAAAAAUUUGCCGUGUCUAUGAGUAUCCCUACAAGCAACGACGAAUGGGAAGCGCGGCGCAUGGACGAAAUGAGCUACCUCACGUUGUAUCGGUCCUUUUCCACGUCCUCUGUGCCGCCGUGA